CGUACACCUGCGCCACCGAGUCGUCCAAAAAUCGCUUGCGCAAUCGAGAUCCGAGAUCUGCAAUCGGGCACGUGGCAAGUCUUACUCCGUUUGGAUGUCGGGGAUGCGUCCGGCGAUGAACUCAAAGCCAAGGUACGCUGACAGUGCAGGCGAGGCAGAGCCCCAGACCGUUUAGUACGUAGAUCGUAUCACAAAUUCGGGUGUAUCCAGUUCAACUGCUUCAGCGGGUUAGUUAAUUAUUACUAUGAGGCAUUCUAUCUCUCGUGACUUUCCCCAUCUUCCAUCACUAUGCCCAAAGACUCGUCUUCAAAACGUUGUGUGCGCGAGAAUCCUUAUGUUCUAAAGCGACACCAGGUAUGUACCCACCAUCGUACACCGACUCAACGUUCGCCCUUCUCCGAUCAGAUUUGCUCAUCGCCAAUGCCCGUAGGCAUGCCACCAAUGCCGCAAGAGGAAGAUGCGAUGCCAGACGGCCUUGUGCCGGUUGUAUUCGCUCACAUGCUUACGCGCUAGCCCAUGCCCCGCAAGGAAUCGAUGUUCCUCAGGAACCUGACUGUACUUAUGACGAAGGUGCCGAGAUACCGGAGGACGUAGAGACUCCUGAAGACCGAGAAAAGGCAGGAAUCUUGGAGAACAAGAUCAAAAAACUUGAAACACUACUUCGGAUACUCGACUGGCAGGAAGAUCCCUCGCGCGGAUGCUCGAGCAGCGGAAGUGACUCUUGGGAUUGGGUUACUCCAAACAAUCAUGUGUCGCCAGAUACGAACCCGUCGUCACUGAGCGAAUUCGACGAAAGAAUGGGAAGCUCAUCCAACCUUCCGAAUCUGCCUGUCCUGAAAGAUACAUGGCCACCAAAUAUUCCUCCGUUAGAUAUUCUACGACAUCUGGCCGAAGCAUGUUUCACAAAUCAUGCUCAGACUCGUCGCCUACUGCACGCCCCGACCUUCAUGGCGUCCCUAUUACUGGAUCCAUCUGAUCCGCGAUUCCCUGUACUUCCGUUACUACAUGCCGUUUGUGCAAACGGAAGCCGGUAUAUGGCCAACUCUGUUACUGCUCACUUUCUGAGAAGGAGCCAAGAUGAUUAUGGGGACAGGUCAUUCUCAGAGGAGCAAGCGAUGUUUGCUCGCUCUACAAUGGAAAAUUGCCACACAGGCGAGAAUCUGUUGCAGUAUCUCCAAGCAAGUAUCAUGUUAGGUUGGUAUCAUUGGUUCUGCGCAAAAUGGAUGGACGUACACGUUCUUUCUGGCAGCACUUUGCGCAUGGCCGUUUCUCUCGGAUUAAAUCUGUGCAAGCCAUACCCUAUUAUCACCCCCAGCCCAGUAAAAUAUGUGCCACCCUUUCUUCCUCCUGCGGAGUCCUUUACAGAAGAGGAGAUACGCAGAAAUGUGUUUUGGAUGGCUUAUGCUAUGGAACGUCUGUAUGGCUGUGGCAAUAGCUGGGCCAUGAGUCUCAGCGACGAGGAAAUUUCUCAGAUGCUGCCGGUGACAUUAGCUGAUUUCGAAGCGGGCUUGCCAAUAAGUCAGAAUGGAAGACAAUGGUCGCACGACGCAGAUCUAUUUUCAAGACAUCCAGAGGACCAUACUGAUCCCUUCAUUCUAUACAUCAAAUCUGUCCUCCUUCUCUCUCGAGUGAAAAACAUGUGUCUCCGUUCUCGCUUUCAAUACUACCCCGAUUUGAUCAGGAACACAAUCGCGGAGGAUCCACGGCUGAAUGCUGAAUUCCAUGCGAUAGAGAGCAUGGUCGACACAUUCCGAGAUACUCUUCCUGCGCAAUACAAGCGUCCCAUCGAAGGCGAAGUCGUUGACCCCCUCUUAUAUUCUGUCGUUUGUACACCUUAUAUUGCCAAGAUCUUUUUGCAUGAGCAGUUCGCCGCUAUUGGCAAGCAUAGCUGUCUAUCUGCUUUUCAGUGUAUAACCAGCGCACGUGCAAUACUCGAUCUUCUACACUCAGUUACAACUACGGAGUACGAACUUCCGAGGAUUGGACUCUUCCCAGUGCUCGCCUGGUUUACAGCAGGACGCGUGAUUACGCGAUUUCUCAAAGCAGCACAGCGGGAAAAUGCCAAUGAUCAGAUAGACACGUUACAAGCUGAAAUUACCUUCGUGCUAAGUACCAUUAAGAAGUUAGGUGCUUGUAUACCUUUAGCCCGACGGUAUGCUUUGAUGCUGGAUGAUCACCUGCAGUCAAUGUGCGGCGAGGACAUCGCUGCGAAAGUUCGCCGCAUGGCUGAUGAAAAGGAAGCUGCUGGUGAAUCAUGUGUGCCUCCAAGAGAUAUGGAUGCUCCUGAGAUGCAGGAGACAUAUCAAGGAGAAGCAUACCUGGCUAUUCGUCUAUCACGGCCACAAGUGGGGUAUUUUCCCAAAUGACUAUAGAUAUGAAGACUGGUCAUUGUAAUAGCGUAUUAUCUUCAACUAGUUGACGUUCUUCUUGUAAUUGAAUCGCGGUUGUGUUAUUGUACAUCCUGUAUACUGAUUUGGGCAGUAUGAUAUGCGCAACUUGAAGUUUGAAUGAAAUUGAAGUCUUGAA